CUCUCCCAAUUUGACUUGUCUAUUUUGACAAGUCCUUCAGUGUGAAAGGACCAUCUUUCUUAUCCUCCAGUCAUGGAGUUAUAUGAAGAGCUUUGAUUGGUGGAUGUGGUCACAUUUAUUUAUUUAUUUUUUGCAAAGUGUCACAGGACUUUAACAAGGGGACCCACACUCAGGCCUGUGUUCCCCAUUGUUCCCUUGAAGGAGCGCUGCUGGCUCUCCUUACUGUGUCAUAUUUAGUCACGUGGGUUUAAUUUUUAUCUGUAAUUCCUUGGAAGCAAGGAAGAGCAAAGACCUUGGAGGCAGAAAAGAGCAAGGAAGCCAACACACUAAUCCCAUGACUUGAGAUCCCCAGAAGUUAGUCCCUUGCUUUGCUGGUGCAAGAGUCUCUAUGAAUCUCGACUGCCAAGGAUAUCCUCCUUUCAGAGUCCCAAACUCAAAAAUCAGGGGCAGGUUUCUCUCCCAGCUGAUCCUAGCUUUCUCUCCCAGCUGGUGUGUUAACCCUUCGCAGUGCUGUCUCUGUAACACACUGAAGCUGCAGCCUAUCUCAAGAUGGAAGACAAUGAGAUAACCCUGGUGAACCUCGAGAAGGGCCUGGAUAACCCAGCUUUCAGCACCCAGGGGGAGGAGCGGCUCCAUGAAAAAUCUGAAGAUCCGUGUGGUGGGACCAAGGAGGAGAGGGGGAGAGAAGGAAAAGGCAGAUUCUCCUCUUACUGGAGGAAGGCUCAGCAUCCGGCAUUCAAGGCAAAGCGUUUCUGUAAGGCUCAUGCCAAGGCAAUACGGAAGGUCAUCUUGGGGCUCCUUUGUAUAGCCUACGUGUGCUACUUUGCUGCAGCCUGUUGGCUCAACUUCCAGCGAGCCCUCGCCUUGGUUGUUAUGACUGCUCUGGUUGUCUUCUUCACGUGCUGGAGUCUUUUCCAGAAGCACUGCGGGGCAAAGGUACUGCAGCUCCUCACGCCCUGUCGGAAAUGCUUCCGAAAGUCCUGGCCAUGGCUGAAAUGGCUGCUAUGUGUGGUCCUCCUGGGCGGUCUGAUCACGUGGCUGGUCUUGGACACUGGCAGGAAUCCAAAGCAGCUCAUCUCAUUGGCUGGUCUCUGCUUUUUGGUUCUGGUCCUGUUUGCCUGCUCGAAGCACCACGGCGCAGUGUCCUGGAGAGCUGUUGUCUGGGGCCUUGGCUUGGAGUUUUUACUUGGACUCUUCAUCCUCCGAACAACCCCUGGCAUCCAAGCAUUCCAGUGGCUGGGUGACCAGGUCCAGGUUUUCCUGAGUUACACCACAGCUGGCUCCAGCUUUGUCUUUGGGAACACACUCAUUGAAGAGAUCUUUGCCUUUCAGGCUCUGCCCAUCAUCGUUUUCUUCAGCUGUGUCAUGUCCAUCCUCUACUACCUUGGCAUCAUGCAGUGGAUCAUUCUCAAGAUCUCCUGGGUGCUUCAGGUCUCGAUGGGCACCACUGCCACUGAGACCCUGAGUGUGGCAGGCAAUAUUUUUGUAGGACAGACUGAAUCCCCAUUGCUCAUCCGUCCGUACCUUGCAGACAUGACCAACUCAGAAAUCCACGCUGUGAUGACUGGUGGCUUUUCCACCAUAGCAGGCAGUGUGAUGGGAGCCUACAUUUCUUUUGGGAUAGACGCAGCUUUGCUGAUCGCGGCCUCCGUGAUGGCUGCACCCUGCGCGCUGGCUAUGUCCAAGCUCGUCUAUCCUGAAGUCGAAGAGUCCAAGUUCAAGGGCAAAGAAAACAUCCGCCUUUCCUGUGGGGAGGAGCGGAACAUCUUGGAAGCUGCUGGCAAUGGGGCUGCUGCCUCCGUGGGACUCGUGGCUAACAUCGCAGCCAACCUCAUCGCCUUCUUGGCAGUGCUGGAGUUUAUCAAUGCUGCAUUGCGCUGGUUUGGGGAGAUGGUGGACAUCGAGGGGCUCUCCUUCCAGGUGAUCUGCUCCUACGUCCUCAUGCCAGUGGCCUUUCUCAUGGGGGCAGACUGGGCAGACUCUCCGCUGGUGGCCGAGCUCUUGGGGAUCAAGAUUUUCCUGAACGAAUUUGUGGCAUACCAGCAGCUGGCCACAUACAAGAAGAACCGUCUGGCAGGCCUGGAGGAGUGGGAUGGGAACCGAAAGCAGUGGAUAUCUGAGCGAGCUGAGAGCAUUACCACCUUUGCACUGUGCGGAUUCGCCAACUUCAGCUCCAUCGGGAUCAUGCUGGGAGGCCUGACCUCCAUGGUACCCCAGCGCAAGAGCGACCUUGCCUCCGUUGUCCUGCGAGCUCUGUUCACCGGCAUCUGCGUCUCCAUGCUCAACGCCUGCCUGGCAGGCCUCCUUUACGUACCAACAGAGGUGACCGACUGUGUGACCUUCCUCAGCAACACCAACUUCAGCUCCACCAGCUACACCAUGUACACAUGCUGCAAGCAGCUCUUUGCCAGCUCAGUGCUUGAGGAGAACGGGACCCUUUCCUUCACGGGUGCCUGGGCAGGUGUGGAGGAGAGUGUGCCCUGCCUGAUCCAGUGCUGUGGACACUACAACCAUACGACUUGUGCAGGGUGAGCCUGGACUUGCUGCAGCACCCGAAGGUGCAGGCAGCUGCCUGCUCUGGGUAAAGGGCCUGCAAGCACCUGCAUCUGCUAGGCCUGCCCCCAAAGGCACAGAAAUCCUCAGCACAGCCCCAUGCAUCUGGAUUUUUCCCCUCUGCCCCAUGGAUGCAAGGUAGUACCAUGAGC